AUGAAAAAAUGGGGUUUUGCUGGGCCAGACAAGUGUUACUUGUGUGAUCAACUUGCUGAGUCAAGGGAUCAUAUUUUCUCGACCUGUGUGUUUUAUAUCACUACUCACAAGCAGCUUUUUGGUCAGUUUACUUCUUUCCUUCCUAGGUCCUGGGAAGAUAACCUCCUUUGGGCUACCAGGAAGUUUGGGGUAAAAAAGCCUUGUGCAUUGGUGGGUCGACUGAUUUGGCAAUCACACAUAAGCCAUAUUUUGAGAGAACGAUAUAGAAGAGCAUUUGGCGAGAAUGGCAAGACUACUGAGACUCUGGUCUCUCGAGUGCAAAGUGAAGUAAGGGUGAUGGUGCAGGAUCCUGUUCUAUUGGAGAAAUACUGGGCUGCUGCUUCUUAG